AUUCAAAAGCUCCACCUUCAGACCUUCCUCUCUACUUCGCGUCUUUUCCCUCCUCUCUUCUAACACAAAUAACAAAGAGGAGUGCCAUUAGAUUGCUCCAUGCACCAACCUCUUCAAAACAGCCAGGAUUCUUAUAUAUCAUCCACAUCCUCACCAAGUCUUCCCGAGAGAUACACACACCAUAUCGCAUCUUUCACCCAUCUCUCCCAUGCAUGCCUUCGUGAUCAGCAAAGCUGGCUGAUUAUUCGUAUCACCAUGAAGUUUGAAGCCAACACAGCCAUAUACUCAAUGGUGGAUCCGGAGCCAAAUUUUAGGAGGAGCUUAACUUCUUCUUCCUCCUUCUCCUCUUCUUCUCUUCUUCUUCCUCCUUCUCUUCUUCUUAUCUUCUUUCUUUAUCAUACCCAAAAAUUAUAAAGGGGCUUGGGGCUCUCAAGUGUUUCCGGGGUAGUGGAGCUCCCCCCCCCCCCCCCCCUCUUCCGUUGAAUCCGCCCCUGCAUAUAUACUGCUAGCUAGAUCAACAAAACUCCACUGAAGCCAACCUACGUUUGCAUGGACCCUUGGAGUGAAAGUGAGGGCAAGAGAGCCCAUGAUCCUAUCUUCCAAUGUUUCAGCGAAAACCAAAACCACCGCCAAACUGUUGAGAAGAACUUCUGCAAGGAAAGGAGCGUGGAUGCUGUCGUUGCUCGCUCUGAGCGAUGUACAUGUAUCUUGGUGUCAGGGCCAAUUAUCGUGGGUGCAGGACCAUCAGGGCUCGCCGUCGCUGCAUGUCUCAAGGAGAAAGGGAUCGACAGCCUUAUUCUUGAGCGCUCCAACUGCAUAGCUUCCCUCUGGCAGCUCAAGACAUAUGACCGUCUCAGCCUUCAUCUUCCCCGGCAAUUCUGUGAGCUUCCUCUCAUGCCUUUCCCUACCGACUACCCUAUUUAUCCCUCAAAGCAGCAGUUUGUAGCCUACCUGGAGAGCUACGCUGCAAGGUUCGGCAUCCGUCCCACAUACAACCGCACGGUGGUGAACGCAGAGUAUGAUGAGCAGCUUCUGUUAUGGCGCGUGAGGACGCGAACUUCUGGCAUAAUGGUAGAGGAGAUGGAGUAUGUGACUCGGUGGCUUGUUGUGGCGACUGGUGAGAACGCUGAGGCUGUACAGCCAGAUAUUGAUGGCCUACAGGAGUUCCAGGGAACAGUGUUGCACACCAGUGCAUAUAAAAGCGGCAGCGGAUUCACAGGGAAGCGUGUUCUCGUCGUCGGGUGUGGCAACUCCGGCAUGGAGGUGUGCCUAGACCUCUGCAACCACAAUGCGGAGCCCCAUAUUGUAGUAAGAGAUGCUGUACACAUCUUGCCCAGGGAGAUGCUAGGUCAGUCCACAUUUGGGGUGUCAAUGUGGCUGCUCAAGUGGCUGCCAGUCCACGUGGUGGACCGUAUUCUACUGCUCGUAGCGCGGACCAUGCUCGGGGAUACUGCUCGGCUGGGGCUAAAGCGCCCUACGUUUGGUCCUCUCGAGCUUAAGUCGCUCUCAGGGAAGACCCCAGUUCUUGACGUCGGCACAUUUGCGAAGAUUAAGUCUGGUGAUAUCAAGGUUCGACCUUCCAUAAGACAGAUAUCACGAAGGGAGGUAGAAUUUGUGGACAGGCGGUCGGAGGAGUUUGACGCCAUUGUGCUUGCUACUGGCUACAAGAGCAACGUUCCCUUGUGGCUAAAGGACCGAGCGUUAUUUUCUGACAAAGAUGGCUUGCCAAGAAAAGCAUUUCCAAAUGGGUGGAAAGGCGAGAAGGGGCUUUACUCGGUCGGAUUCACCCGUCGUGGCCUAAUGGGGACAUCAGUCGACGCCAGGAGGAUUGCUCAUGACAUCGAGCAACAAUGUAAAUCCGAAGGAUUGCAUCCGGAUGUGUUGCUCUAGCUUCCGUCGCUGUUGUUUGCGAUGAUGACGGGAGGCGUGUCAUCGAUCAUAUGCUUGUGAAUACUAGUAGUGGUAGGUUUGGUGAGAGUGAUACGAUAUUUGCCGACUUCAAGGGUGCGCUUGAAGUGCCAAAUGAUGUAAUUAUGCUGCUCUGUUGCUUGCCUUUUUAGUGCUUGUAUAGGGUUCUGUACUUUCAAUUUUUGUGUUGUUUGGUUUUGAUGACUAACCAUCCUAUAGGCAGCUCCGUAUCAUCCUUGGAGGGGUAAUAUUGAAGUGCCCACGUUCAACAAUCGGGCUCAGUUUGGCCUCGACUGAUAAUAAAUGAAUCUAGUUUGGUUUUUGCUUAUCUCACGCAUGGCUUCGUGAAUUUUGCCAGGCAAAUGAUGCUUUGAUAUGUUGCGGUUGGUACCGUCUCCCGACGAGGAGCGGAUCCGCUCGGGCUGGAUAUGCACAUGCUAGGGCGUCGCUCCUUUAGGGCUGCGUCCAAGCCCUUAGCAGCCGUCGGUUGCCUCCUGAGGCGCUCUCAACCCUCU